AAAGUAAAUAAAUAUAGAGAGCAAAAAAUAAAUAAAAAAAAAAUUGCGUACAUACAUAAAAUAUAGUGCAUCGUAAAAAAUUGUCGUUUGUAGCGACUGGUUGUUGUGGGUAAUUAUUGCAAGCCAAUACCAACAACAACAACAACAAAUUACAAAAAGCUCUUGAAUAGCCGCAGUGGCACACUUCCAUAGAAAAAGUGGCUUGAUUUUGAAGUGCUGUGCCGUGCCGACAUGCUUCACUGGAAAAAUCUACACAAAUAUUAACCACAAACAUCAAAAACAACAAUAAAAGCAGUAAAAUAUAAAAAAAAUAGGAUUUGCAAAUUGGAAAUGUUAAUUAAUCGCCGAAUGAAUGUCGAAUCAGUUCAGGCUGCUACUUUUUAUUGUGGUGAUUUCGGGUGCAUUAUGUACAGUAGAAGAUUAUGUAAUAAUGUCACAGUGUGCACACAACAAAGCCAUACAUGUAGCUGCGGAAGGAACAGUCUCAGUGACAGACAUUUCACAGACACAAAAUAUAACGAUAGUCGGCCUCCCGGACUAUGUGAACAACAAUCUCAAAAUAGCCCUGUACGCAAAAGAAACACAACGUUACGUGUGUUUCAACGAUCAGUGGAAACUAGUUGGAAUGAAAGAACUGCGCGACACCUGCUACUUCAACGAAACCAUCGUACACGGUUAUUUCGUGUUUCGUUCCGUAGUCGAUCUGCAGCGACGUGUCGGCUUCACACACCGAGGUAAGGCGGUCGGGCCAAAGAAAAAUGUCAACGAUGCCUGUUAUCUGUUUACGAAAAUUCAGGCCGAUCAAUUUUUCCAUCAGCACACCGAUUAUUUUGCACCGAAAGCGAAGAGCACCAAAAUCAUUAGCGGCAUCAGAGCAUCACCACAAACAACUGCAACAACUACAUACACAACUUCAGGAGCCUCAGCGCGUUUGUCGUCACAGCGUGCCGCACUAUCGGCGGCGGCAACAACAGCUACGGCCACCGCUACAGCUGUGGCGCAACGCAGUCAUAAUAACAAGUUGUUGCGAAACAACAAUAAGAAUAAGCGUGUGAAUGGUGGACGUAGUAAUAGCAGCAACAACAGCAGUAACAACAUUAAUAGAAAGAGCAACAGUAACCAAAAUGAAGAGUACACUAAUGGCCAUAGUAGCAAUUUAAGCAACAGCAGCAAUAGCAGCAACAAUAACCACAGCAACAGUAAUUUAGUUAGUAAUAGUCAAGAACAAGUAGGCUUAAGUCAGCAAAAGCAUCACAACAGCAAUAGUAAUAGCCGCACACGCGAGCAUGUGCGUCAACAACAACAGCAUCAGCAACAGCAACAGCAUCAGGUACGGCAUCAUCACAACGAUCCGAACUUGAUUGCACGUCGUCAGCAGCAUGAGCACAAACAGAAGCGACGGCAAAAUCAGAGGCAGCAGCAGCGAUUGCGCAGCGGCAAAUCAACUAGUCCAGCAACAACAAUCGAAACAGAAAAGGCAGCAAGUAAGCUCGCAUCGAUUACCGCAACACAAGCAACGUUUAGCGCAACAGCAGGAGGUGAAACAUUGUCCAGCAGCUACAAGCCUGGCAAGGACGUACAUCACAUGCCAGAGCCGGCGAUCGUUGCAGAUUUCGCUACAAAAGCAGCGACGGCAACCACAAUAAUUAUGAAAGCGACAACAAUCGCCAAUAAGCGUAAAGGACGGCGAAGAAAAGGACGAAAACAGCGAAAGCAACAGCAACUAGCGCAACUACAAAAACUGGAGCAAGAAAUGUUGCCACUAACAGACCGGCAACUAACGCAAGCCGCUGUUUCACCAACACAAAUCACUGUGGAUCGGCUGUGGAGCGAUUCACCAGCGCCAUCUGUAUCCUCAUUGUCAACGCUAGCAUCAGGUGAGGCCACCAGUAGCAUAUCUUCGGCGACAACAGAUGGUGAUUACAGCGGCGAGUGGCUAUCUUCUGUUGCUACUUUCGAAGAAUCCACAGCGGAGCUCUCCUCCACAUCAACACUGUCCUCAGCUGCGUCGGGUAAACCCACACAAACAUACACCGUAAAUCCCUUAUCAGCUUCAACGACAGAUUCUAAUGAAACCUCAACUCUGGUUGCGCCGACAAGCGACUACACUAACAUCACAGACUUCACAAGCGAAACGUUUGCAGAUGAAGACACGCUAAAUGCAACACUAACAACCGAGGUGGACGACAGCGAGAUUUUUCCGGACCCUACGUCAGUGGCAGGUCUGCAAUUAAACAGUAUUACUUCCGUACAACGCAGUACAACACAAGAUGGCAGGACAUUAGCAACAGAUGCUGAGUUCGUGGCGCCGACAUCUACUACAUGGUCGGAAAGUGGCCCUUAUAGUUGGUCACCAAGUGCUGUAGCGACGAGAGCUACAACAGCAAACGAAAAUGACGCUGAAGCAAUGUUUUCGGCUCCAACAGCAACAAUGGAAACCGAGAAUGUUGCAGCAAUGUUAGUUUUUCCAGAGGACGUCAACGCCACGGGGGUUACUCAGCCCUCGGGGGAUGAUAUUGAAUUGUUUGCACCAAUAAACACUACCUCUAGUGAAGCCGAUAUGGGUAAUAACAGUAGUAGGAGCGACGACUACACCGAAACAUUGGUGGAUGCUGAAAGUACGCUUAGCACAAUAGUCCCGCAACGAAAUGGCAAUAAUUUCACCGGCGAGCCUGAUAAUAUAAGCCGCAUGUGGAGAACACAGUCGGGAAUCGCUGCCAGCAUAGCUACCCUGCUUCACAAUCAAUUGAUGGCAACAAGCGCCACCAAUGACGAGUACGCUUGGCGACCAAAGCAUGAAGAAGAAUACUCAGACGAAAUAGUCGUUGCUACAGUGCGUCCCACAGUAAUUGAUGCCGAUACUUCAGCAGAUUUGGCUAUUGGUGAUCGAGCAACAUGGUGGCAGCAACAUAUGAAUCAUAGUGGUAAAAACUUUUGGGACAAAGGUUUGGCUGAUGAGGUGAUUGGCAAUCUCAGCGCCGAUCUCGGUUGGUUCAAGCACAACAACAAACAUCGGAAUACAAGCAGGCGUAGACAUAGCAGCCGCAACGCCAGCAACAAUAGUGACAAAGAUGUUGAAACAGUAUCACACCAACCAAUGCAAGCGUUAUACUCAAGCGAAUCCAGCUUGGGAUACAACAAAAAAUAUUCCGGCGAAGGCAAGCUGCAACGACCUGGCCACAAGGCGUAUACCAACAACAAGCUGCAGGUAUCAGCAGUGGCUCAGGAAUACAGCAGCACAAUGCCAACAACAUCUCGCGUUGUAAACGAACGACAACGGCAAGACACAAUUGAUUCCCCAGCUACUACCGCAACCAGUCAUAAAACUACCGCGUCCACCACAACUACCACAGCGGGACAACCUUACCCAUUAUUACAAUUGCUCGGCAAUAAAACCAUUUCACCAAAUCCCAAUCAACCACAAUUGCUCCAAUUUGAUGGCAACAGCAAUCAUUUAUCACACACGCAUACACCUACAACAACAACACUUAUCACAUCAACCACAUCGUUGAGACCGUCUUCCACGACGAUUUCCAGUGACGUGACAACCUCAAAAGCUGCAGCGACAUCAACCACAAGAAAGUCGCUACGCAUCUCCAUGCAGAAAUUGCUAGCAACACCCUUCCAUCAGCUGACAUAUGUGCGCAACAAUGCUGGCGACAUUGAUAUCGACAACAUUGACAAUAUUAGCGUCUAUCCCGAUCUUUUGGACGAAUCCGACGAGCUGGCGGAACAGCAUUCUACGGAGCGUGCGGCAACAGAUGGGUCACGCAACAGCAGGCUGACAGUUGUAAGCGGUUAUUUGCCCACAUCGACGGCAGUGGUGCUACCCGAAUCGAUACGCCUCGCUAAGGUUAAAAUAAAUAAAGAGAGAAAGCGUAUGAUGAGUUUAAGAAAACGCCAUAACAGGCGACACGCGUAGUUGGUGGCAAGACCGAAAGGGGAAGGGAAAUAAGAAAUAAACUCUGAAUUUGUAAUAUUUAAUAUAUGUACUAUGUAGUUACAGAGAGCUGGAGGAGUAAAUGCGCUACUUUAAAAAAGAGAGAGAGAAAAUAAAUUACUGCCAGUUAAAGCUUUGUAAGUAACGGAACUUAAAAAAUUCUUUAUCUUUUCGUAUAAAGUAUUUAAACGAAAAUCUAGUUUGACAAAACGGCUCACGAAAUUUCGGGUAAGAAUGGCCAAAUUACUUAGAUAGAUGAGAGCACGAAUAGAAAAUACAACUGAUAACUAAUGAAGGAUAAGGCUCUAAUGGAAUAUACAACCGUUAUCUAGUGAAGGAUUUUAGGAUGCAGUACUAAUGUGCCAGUUUCUCUAAGAUGUUUAUUGUAUUGUACAUGUACAGACUGAAGGCCUGGGUGAAAGCUUGGAGCGUUGCAUGAAAGCUUAAAGCACCCAUUGGAAGCUUUUAAGCGCAAGCUUUAUUUCUGCACACUGCUGAACACUCUUUAUAGCUAAUGCGUGCCUGUUGGUGUGUUGACAAACAUUGAAAUACGAAUUUGGCAGAUACUCCUCUUUAAUAAUAUAUACAUAAAUAGUUGUGGAUUUAUACUUAAACAUAGUAAUUCAACAUUAACAAAAUAUAUUGUAUAACUAUUGUACUAUAUCUUAUAGAUAUAUAAAAUCAAGAAUCAAGCUAUUAUUAGUGAAAUUUGAAGUGCGUAAAGAAGAAAAUUAACUUCACAAUGCACGCACGAAAUACUAAACACAAGCAACCAGUAAAAUCGCCAAUCAAUCGCACACGCACUGUGAACCGCCCCAUUAGGAGAAAUAUAACCAAAUACCAGUUUUUCAAUGCCACAGUUAAUUUCACACAACGCAUAACGCUGUGUAAGCUUGCGAGAUGCUUUUCUGGAAAAUCCUUAAAAAAAUUAGAAAACAACUGAAUAGUAUAAUAUAUAUGUA